AUGAGGACGGCGGCCCCACCCGCGCUCGCUCCUCUGCGGCUCGGCGCGGGCUGGGCGGGCCGGGGCGGGGUCCGGGCGGUGGCGGGGCUGGGGGUCGCCUGCACAGCCCGCAGUCUGCUGCCGGCCGCCAGCUGCAGCGCAGGGCUGCGGAGGCAGAGUGCGGCUCUCGCCCGGCCCCCGGGCCGCCCGCGCGCCGGAGCCGGGACCUGCGCCUGGACGCGACGGGCCGCCGCGGGCCCGCACCGCCCGGCCGCCAAGAUGUGCGACUGCUUCCACGUGAUGCUGCCCACCUGGCCCGGAGCCCCCGGCAGCGUGACUGGUCGGCAGCUGCAGCCUGGAGAGCCAGAUGCAGAAUCCGAGGAGGAGCACUCGGUGACUGCAGGGCCAGGGCCCGAGCUCAUCCGUCCCCGGCCACAGGGCUCCUCGCCUGUCUAUGAGUGCGUGACUGAGGGUGCUGGCUUCAGACUCCCGGAAGACGCGCCGAGGAGGCGGAGGUCCUGGUGGAAGCGGGACUCAGGGGACUCGCGGACACUUUCCAGGAUGAGCCACCUGGAGUCCACACAGGAUGGGACAGGUGUGACACUGGAGACGGAGGUGGAGGCUGGAGCCAGCGGCUACAGUGUCGCGGGCGGUGGGGACCAGGGCAUCUUUGUCAAGCAGGUGCUGAAGGACUCGUCAGCGGCCAAGCUCUUCAGCCUGAGAGAAGGGGAUCAACUACUCAGUACAACGAUAUUCUUCGACAACAUUAAAUAUGAAGAUGCUCUCAAAAUCCUUCAGUACUCAGAGCCCUACAAGGUUCAGUUCAAAAUCAGACGGAAGCUUCCUGCUGGAGCAGCCGAGGAUGAUGUGGCUGGCAGUGCUGAGCCUGGCCCGAGGGUCGGUGAGGACCAGGACCAGGAUGUCGCUGACAGGUGCACAGAGACCCCCACGAAGACACCGCAGGGGGACGGAGACCAGCAGAGGCUCCUCCCCACACCCAGGGAGGGCAGGGGCCGGCGCGCCCAGCGGGAGCGGCUUUCCUGGCCCAAGUUCCAAGCCUUGAAGGGCAAGCGAGGGCCCCGGAGGUCCCACAGCUCCUCAGAGGCCUACGAGCGGGGGCGGGGGCCUGACCUGUCGCCUACAAGCACAGACACGGAGGCCCGGCUCCCGGCGGAGGAGCAGGCCCAGGAGGACGAGCCGGGCAGCCAGCGGAGGAGACGGUUCCCCAGCCUGAGGUUCAGAGUGGUCUCAGGGAAGGGCCCGUCCAGCAGGGGAGACCGCGGCGGGGCAGGCCCAGCUGAGCUGCUGGAGGAGGCAGGGCCGUCGGAGGCCGAACAAGAGGCCAUCACAGCGGCUGGACGUGCCGAGACAGGGGACGUGAAAGCGGGACAGCCCGAGGAGGCCGAGGCCCCCACGGAGCCUGCUCUACCCGGCGAGGGACCCGCACCCAGACUGCGAAGGAAGAAAGCACAGGCCAGGGGCCUAGAGGAGACCCUGGCGGAGGAACACGCAGAGGUGGGCACAGCCCCGGGCCAGACCAGGGAGGGAGCCGCAGAGGACACUCAGGGGCCACAGCUGGGCACUGCCAGGCUGACUCGGCACGGCUCCGCAGACCAGGGCACCUACCAGAACGGCCAGCCAGAAUUCCGCAUCCGCAUACCCAGCUUAAAGACGCCCAAGUUCAGGGUUGCAAGAGAAACAGUACCAGAGGAUGCAGAGGGCACGGCCCCGGUGCGCUGGGGACCCUGGUGGACACAGGUCUCUGCCGACGACUCCAGGACCACGGGGGACGACGAAGGAGACACAGAGUCAGAGACGACGAAAAGAUCACAAGCAACACAGCGGACAAAAGGACAGGGAGGAGGAGCGGAGGACGCGGUGGAGAAGACGGCAGAGGCCAGCAGGGAAGGGGACCAGGAAACGGAGGAGACGGAGGGGAAGACAAGAGUCCUCAAGUUCAAGCUGCCCUCAUUCGGGUGGUCACCAGCCAAGGAAGGAAAAGGACACAGAACAACACAAAUUCAGGACACAGAUAAACAGGAUAGCGUGACAGCAGGGGCUACAGACACUGAGGGAGAGGGGAAAGACGGACACGGCAGAGACAGCAAGUUCAAAACGCCCAAGUUCAAGAUGCCGUCCUUCGGCGUGUCGGCGCCCAGCAAGGCCAUCGAGGCCGCCGUGGACGUGUCCCUGCCCAAGGCCCAGGCCGAGGUGACCCUGCCCUCGGUGCAGGCCGACGUCAAGACCAGUGAGGUCCGCGUGGAGCUGCCCUCGGCCGAGCUGGACGUCAAGGGCGCCGAGGUGGCCGUCAAGCUGCCGGAGGGGCCCCUGCCCGAAGCCGAGCUCAAGGAAGGGGCGGCGGGAGUCGGAAUCAAGGCGCACCUGCCCAAGGUGCAGAUGCCCAGCGUCAAGCUGCCCAAGGUGGACAUCAAGGCCCCGCAGGUGGACAUCAAGGGGCCCAAGCUGGACCUGAAGGGCGCCAAGGCCGAGGUGGCCGCCCCCGACGUGGAGGUGUCGCUGCCCAGCGUGGAGGUGGACAGCCAGGCCCCGGGCGCCAAGCUGGAGGCCGACGUGUCCCUGGGGGACAAGGAGGUGGCCGCCAGAGACAGCAAGUUCAAAAUGCCCAAGUUCAAGAUGCCGUCCUUCGGCGUGUCGGCGCCCAGCAAGGCCAUCGAGGCCGCCGUGGACGUGUCCCUGCCCAAGGCCCAGGCCGAGGUGACCCGGCCCUCGGUGCAGGCCGACGUCAAGACCAGUGAGGUCCGCGUGGAGCUGCCCUCGGCCGAGCUGGACGUCAAGGGCGCCGAGGUGGCCGUCAAGCUGCCGGAGGGGCCCCUGCCCGAAGCCGAGCUCAAGGAAGGGGCGGCGGGAGUCGGAAUCAAGGCGCACCUGCCCAAGGUGCAGAUGCCCAGCGUCAAGCUGCCCAAGGUGGACAUCAAGGCCCCGCAGGUGGACAUCAAGGGGCCCAAGCUGGACCUGAAGGGCGCCAAGGCCGAGGUGGCCGCCCCCGACGUGGAGGUGUCGCUGCCCAGCGUGGAGGUGGACAGCCAGGCCCCGGGCGCCAAGCUGGAGGCCGACGUGUCCCUGGGGGACAAGGAGGUGGCCGCCAGAGACAGCAAGUUCAAAAUGCCCAAGUUCAAGAUGCCGUCCUUCGGCGUGUCGGCGCCCAGCAAGGCCAUCGAGGCCGCCGUGGACGUGUCCCUGCCCAAGGCCCAGGCCGAGGUGACCCGGCCCUCGGUGCAGGCCGACGUCAAGACCAGUGAGGUCCGCGUGGAGCUGCCCUCGGCCGAGCUGGACGUCAAGGGCGCCGAGGUGGCCGUCAAGCUGCCGGAGGGGCCCCUGCCCGAAGCCGAGCUCAAGGAAGGGGCGGCGGGAGUCGGAAUCAAGGCGCACCUGCCCAAGGUGCAGAUGCCCAGCGUCAAGCUGCCCAAGGUGGACAUCAAGGCCCCGCAGGUGGACAUCAAGGGGCCCAAGCUGGACCUGAAGGGCGCCAAGGCCGAGGUGGCCGCCCCCGACGUGGAGGUGUCGCUGCCCAGCGUGGAGGUGGACAGCCAGGCCCCGGGCGCCAAGCUGGAGGCCGACGUGUCCCUGGGGGACAAGGAGGUGGCCGCCAGAGACAGCAAGUUCAAAAUGCCCAAGUUCAAGAUGCCGUCCUUCGGCGUGUCGGCGCCCAGCAAGGCCAUCGAGGCCGCCGUGGACGUGUCCCUGCCCAAGGCCCAGGCCGAGGUGACCCGGCCCUCGGUGCAGGCCGACGUCAAGACCAGUGAGGUCCGCGUGGAGCUGCCCUCGGCCGAGCUGGACGUCAAGGGCGCCGAGGUGGCCGUCAAGCUGCCGGAGGGGCCCCUGCCCGAAGCCGAGCUCAAGGAAGGGGCGGCGGGAGUCGGAAUCAAGGCGCACCUGCCCAAGGUGCAGAUGCCCAGCGUCAAGCUGCCCAAGGUGGACAUCAAGGCCCCGCAGGUGGACAUCAAGGGGCCCAAGCUGGACCUGAAGGGCGCCAAGGCCGAGGUGGCCGCCCCCGACGUGGAGGUGUCGCUGCCCAGCGUGGAGGUGGACAGCCAGGCCCCGGGCGCCAAGCUGGAGGCCGACGUGUCCCUGGGGGACAAGGAGGUGGCCGCCAGAGACAGCAAGUUCAAAAUGCCCAAGUUCAAGAUGCCGUCCUUCGGCGUGUCGGCGCCCAGCAAGGCCAUCGAGGCCGCCGUGGACGUGUCCCUGCCCAAGGCCCAGGCCGAGGUGACCCUGCCCUCGGUGCAGGCCGACGUCAAGACCAGUGAGGUCCGCGUGGAGCUGCCCUCGGCCGAGCUGGACGUCAAGGGCGCCGAGGUGGCCGUCAAGCUGCCGGAGGGGCCCCUGCCCGAAGCCGAGCUCAAGGAAGGGGCGGCGGGAGUCGGAAUCAAGGCGCACCUGCCCAAGGUGCAGAUGCCCAGCGUCAAGCUGCCCAAGGUGGACAUCAAGGCCCCGCAGGUGGACAUCAAGGGGCCCAAGCUGGACCUGAAGGGCGCCAAGGCCGAGGUGGCCGCCCCCGACGUGGAGGUGUCGCUGCCCAGCGUGGAGGUGGACAGCCAGGCCCCGGGCGCCAAGCUGGAGGCCGACGUGUCCCUGGGGGACAAGGAGGUGGCCGCCAGAGACAGCAAGUUCAAAAUGCCCAAGUUCAAGAUGCCGUCCUUCGGCGUGUCGGCGCCCAGCAAGGCCAUCGAGGCCGCCGUGGACGUGUCCCUGCCCAAGGCCCAGGCCGAGGUGACCCGGCCCUCGGUGCAGGCCGACGUCAAGACCAGUGAGGUCCGCGUGGAGCUGCCCUUGGCCGAGCUGGACGUCAAGGGCGCCGAGGUGGCCGUCAAGCUGCCGGAGGGGCCCCUGCCCGAAGCCGAGCUCAAGGAAGGGGCGGCGGGAGUCGGAAUCAAGGCGCACCUGCCCAAGGUGCAGAUGCCCAGCGUCAAGCUGCCCAAGGUGGACAUCAAGGCCCCGCAGGUGGACAUCAAGGGGCCCAAGCUGGACCUGAAGGGCGCCAAGGCCGAGGUGGCCGCCCCCGACGUGGAGGUGUCGCUGCCCAGCGUGGAGGUGGACAGCCAGGCCCCGGGCGCCAAGCUGGAGGCCGACGUGUCCCUGGGGGACAAGGAGGUGGCCGCCAGAGACAGCGGGUUCAAAAUGCCCAAGUUCAAGAUGCCGUCCUUCGGCGUGUCGGCGCCCAGCAAGGCCAUCGAGGCCGCCGUGGACGUGUCCCUGCCCAAGGCCCAGGCCGAGGUGACCCGGCCCUCGGUGCAGGCCGACGUCAAGACCAGUGAGGUCCGCGUGGAGCUGCCCUCGGCCGAGCUGGACGUCAAGGGCGCCGAGGUGGCCGUCAAGCUGCCGGAGGGGCCCCUGCCCGAAGCCGAGCUCAAGGAAGGGGCGGCGGGAGUCGGAAUCAAGGCGCACCUGCCCAAGGUGCAGAUGCCCAGCGUCAAGCUGCCCAAGGUGGACAUCAAGGCCCCGCAGGUGGACAUCAAGGGGCCCAAGCUGGACCUGAAGGGCGCCAAGGCCGAGGUGGCCGCCCCCGACGUGGAGGUGUCGCUGCCCAGCGUGGAGGUGGACAGCCAGGCCCCGGGCGCCAAGCUGGAGGCCGACGUGUCCCUGGGGGACAAGGAGGUGGCCGCCAGAGACAGCGGGUUCAAAAUGCCCAAGUUCAAGAUGCCGUCCUUCGGCGUGUCGGCGCCCAGCAAGGCCAUCGAGGCCGCCGUGGACGUGUCCCUGCCCAAGGCCCAGGCCGAGGUGACCCGGCCCUCGGUGCAGGCCGACGUCAAGACCAGUGAGGUCCGCGUGGAGCUGCCCUCGGCCGAGCUGGACGUCAAGGGCGCCGAGGUGGCCGUCAAGCUGCCGGAGGGGCCCCUGCCCGAAGCCGAGCUCAAGGAAGGGGCGGCGGGAGUCGGAAUCAAGGCGCACCUGCCCAAGGUGCAGAUGCCCAGCGUCAAGCUGCCCAAGGUGGACAUCAAGGCCCCGCAGGUGGACAUCAAGGGGCCCAAGCUGGACCUGAAGGGCGCCAAGGCCGAGGUGGCCGCCCCCGACGUGGAGGUGUCGCUGCCCAGCGUGGAGGUGGACAGCCAGGCCCCGGGCGCCAAGCUGGAGGCCGACGUGUCCCUGGGGGACAAGGAGGUGGCCGCCAGAGACAGCAAGUUCAAAAUGCCCAAGUUCAAGAUGCCGUCCUUCGGCGUGUCGGCGCCCAGCAAGGCCAUCGAGGCCGCCGUGGACGUGUCCCUGCCCAAGGCCCAGGCCGAGGUGACCCGGCCCUCGGUGCAGGCCGACGUCAAGACCAGUGAGGUCCGCGUGGAGCUGCCCUCGGCCGAGCUGGACGUCAAGGGCGCCGAGGUGGCCGUCAAGCUGCCGGAGGGGCCCGUGCCCGAAGCCGAGCUCAAGGAAGGGGCGGCGGGAGUCGGAAUCAAGGCGCACCUGCCCAAGGUGCAGAUGCCCAGCGUCAAGCUGCCCAAGGUGGACAUCAAGGCCCCGCAGGUGGACAUCAAGGGGCCCAAGCUGGACCUGAAGGGCGCCAAGGCCGAGGUGGCCGCCCCCGACGUGGAGGUGUCGCUGCCCAGCGUGGAGGUGGACAGCCAGGCCCCGGGCGCCAAGCUGGAGGCCGACGUGUCCCUGGGGGACAAGGAGGUGGCCGCCAGAGACAGCAAGUUCAAAAUGCCCAAGUUCAAGAUGCCGUCCUUCGGCGUGUCGGCGCCCAGCAAGGCCAUCGAGGCCGCCGUGGACGUGUCCCUGCCCAAGGCCCAGGCCGAGGUGACCCUGCCCUCGGUGCAGGCCGACGUCAAGACCAGUGAGGUCCGCGUGGAGCUGCCCUCGGCCGAGCUGGACGUCAAGGGCGCCGAGGUGGCCGUCAAGCUGCCGGAGGGGCCCCUGCCCGAAGCCGAGCUCAAGGAAGGGGCGGCGGGAGUCGGAAUCAAGGCGCACCUGCCCAAGGUGCAGAUGCCCAGCGUCAAGCUGCCCAAGGUGGACAUCAAGGCUCCGCAGGUGGACAUCAAGGGGCCCAAGCUGGACCUGAAGGGCGCCAAGGCCGAGGUGGCCGCCCCCGACGUGGAGGUGUCGCUGCCCAGCGUGGAGGUGGACAGCCAGGCCCCGGGCGCCAAGCUGGAGGCCGACGUGUCCCUGGGGGACAAGGAGGUGGCCGCCAGAGACAGCAGGUUCAAAAUGCCCAAGUUCAAGAUGCCGUCCUUCGGCGUGUCGGCGCCCAGCAAGGCCAUCGAGGCCGCCGUGGACGUGUCCCUGCCCAAGGCCCAGGCCGAGGUGACCCUGCCCUCGGUGCAGGCCGACGUCAAGACCAGUGAGGUCCGCGUGGAGCUGCCCUCGGCCGAGCUGGACGUCAAGGGCGCCGAGGUGGCCGUCAAGCUGCCGGAGGGGCCCCUGCCCGAAGCCGAGCUCAAGGAAGGGGCGGCGGGAGUCGGAAUCAAGGCGCACCUGCCCAAGGUGCAGAUGCCCAGCGUCAAGCUGCCCAAGGUGGACAUCAAGGCCCCGCAGGUGGACAUCAAGGGGCCCAAGCUGGACCUGAAGGGCGCCAAGGCCGAGGUGGCCGCCCCCGACGUGGAGGUGUCGCUGCCCAGCGUGGAGGUGGACAGCCAGGCCCCGGGCGCCAAGCUGGAGGCCGACGUGUCCCUGGGGGACAAGGAGGUGGCCGCCAGAGACAGCAAGUUCAAAAUGCCCAAGUUCAAGAUGCCGUCCUUCGGCGUGUCGGCGCCCAGCAAGGCCAUCGAGGCCGCCGUGGACGUGUCCCUGCCCAAGGCCCAGGCCGAGGUGACCCGGCCCUCGGUGCAGGCCGACGUCAAGACCAGUGAGGUCCGCGUGGAGCUGCCCUCGGCCGAGCUGGACGUCAAGGGCGCCGAGGUGGCCGUCAAGCUGCCGGAGGGGCCCCUGCCCGAAGCCGAGCUCAAGGAAGGGGCGGCGGGAGUCGGAAUCAAGGCGCACCUGCCCAAGGUGCAGAUGCCCAGCGUCAAGCUGCCCAAGGUGGACAUCAAGGCCCCGCAGGUGGACAUCAAGGGGCCCAAGCUGGACCUGAAGGGCGCCAAGGCCGAGGUGGCCGCCCCCGACGUGGAGGUGUCGCUGCCCAGCGUGGAGGUGGACAGCCAGGCCCCGGGCGCCAAGCUGGAGGCCGACGUGUCCCUGGGGGACAAGGAGGUGGCCGCCAGAGACAGCAAGUUCAAAAUGCCCAAGUUCAAGAUGCCGUCCUUCGGCGUGUCGGCGCCCAGCAAGGCCAUCGAGGCCGCCGUGGACGUGUCCCUGCCCAAGGCCCAGGCCGAGGUGACCCUGCCCUCGGUGCAGGCCGACGUCAAGACCAGUGAGGUCCGCGUGGAGCUGCCCUCGGCCGAGCUGGACGUCAAGGGCGCCGAGGUGGCCGUCAAGCUGCCGGAGGGGCCCGUGCCCGAAGCCGAGCUCAAGGAAGGGGCGGCGGGAGUCGGAAUCAAGGCGCACCUGCCCAAGGUGCAGAUGCCCAGCGUCAAGCUGCCCAAGGUGGACAUCAAGGCCCCGCAGGUGGACAUCAAGGGGCCCAAGCUGGACCUGAAGGGCGCCAAGGCCGAGGUGGCCGCCCCCGACGUGGAGGUGUCGCUGCCCAGCGUGGAGGUGGACAGCCAGGCCCCGGGCGCCAAGCUGGAGGCCGACGUGUCCCUGGGGGACAAGGAGGUGGCCGCCAGAGACAGCAAGUUCAAAAUGCCCAAGUUCAAGAUGCCGUCCUUCGGCGUGUCGGCGCCCAGCAAGGCCAUCGAGGCCGCCGUGGACGUGUCCCUGCCCAAGGCCCAGGCCGAGGUGACCCUGCCCUCGGUGCAGGCCGACGUCAAGACCAGUGAGGUCCGCGUGGAGCUGCCCUCGGCCGAGCUGGACGUCAAGGGCGCCGAGGUGGCCGUCAAGCUGCCGGAGGGGCCCCUGCCCGAAGCCGAGCUCAAGGAAGGGGCGGCGGGAGUCGGAAUCAAGGCGCACCUGCCCAAGGUGCAGAUGCCCAGCGUCAAGCUGCCCAAGGUGGACAUCAAGGCCCCGCAGGUGGACAUCAAGGGGCCCAAGCUGGACCUGAAGGGCGCCAAGGCCGAGGUGGCCGCCCCCGACGUGGAGGUGUCGCUGCCCAGCGUGGAGGUGGACAGCCAGGCCCCGGGCGCCAAGCUGGAGGCCGACGUGUCCCUGGGGGACAAGGAGGGUGCCGCCAGAGUCUGCACAUUGAAAACUGAAGAUGAUGGUAAAAUCCAUGUCAAGAAACCCCAUUUUAAGUUUCCUAGACUGUUUUCUUCAGCAGGGAAAUCUUCCAAAAGUUCUACCCUUAUUGAAAGCGAUCCUCAUCUUUCUUUGGCCCCAAGUGUUUCUGGCGUGGAUCCUGCCUUGUUAGAUAUUUCUAGCCAUAAACCGUCCCUGCCGUUUUCCCACAUGGGUUGGCCUGGUGUUUCCUCACGCAGCCUUGAUGUCAGCCGUUCUCACGCUGAGUCGUCGUCCGUCUCUCCAGAGGCGGUCACUCUCAUCAAGUACCAGGUGACUGUUCCCGACGCCCCACAUGUCCCUCCGGAAAUCCUCUCGUGUUCCCAGGAGGAUAGAAAAAGUCCUACCGCUCUGCGCCCCGACGAGAGCGUUCCAUGCCCACCUGAUAGUCCUGCCAGCCCUGUGGACCCCCUAUUUCCUGCAUCUUAUGGUCGGGUGUCUUUUCCUAAGUUUCAUCGACCUAAGUUCUGGUUUUCUAGCCCAGAAGCAGCAGAUCUUGCGGUGAUUGGUCAGGCUGCAGAACGCGCCCCGGCCCCGUGCCCCCUCAGCGAUGCUCAGGGGCUGGACUCUGCACGCGGCCUCCCCCUGGCAGAUGGCAGCCAAGGGCACGGGUCUGGGGAUGUCUCAGCCGGCCAGCCUCAUGGCGAGGGGACAGCCCCGUCACCAGGAGAACGCCUCCAGCCGCUGUGCAGAGCUGCAGGUGUGGAUGCCCCAGUGGAGGGGAGCACAGCCGCUCCGGGGGGCUGGUUCAGGAUGCCCGCCCUCCACCUGCCCAUCAUCCGGCACCCUGCCAGGGAGAAGGGGGUACCCGGGGCACCGAGUCCCAUGCCUGCUGCCUGUGCAUUGGGGGAAGAAGAGCCAGCUCCCAUCUCGGCUCAGGGGCCUCUGGGGUCAGAGGUGGAGGCGCCUGAAACCCUGGAGCCAGCUGAGAAGAUCCCAUCACAUGCGGGCAUGCUAAAGAUAAACCUAGACAGCAGAGGCUCGACGCCGCUCCCGCCUCCUCCAGGGGCACCCCCUGUGGGCCUGUCCACUUCUGAGAUCAGGGUCCGCCCAGGCCAAGGCUCCCUUCCGCUUCGGAUGCCCAGCGGGGCACUUUCGGAAACAGAAGCUCCUCCUGCUGGGCCUGCAGGCCUGGACCUCGCCAGGGGAGAGGGGAGGGCGGAGAAAUGGUCCUCCCAGCCUGAAGGCCCCGUUAAACUGAAGGUGUCCAGGACCGAUGGGCCAUCCCAGAUUUCUGUGGUCAGCGUGGGUCAGCCCUGGGAGGACUCUGUGGUAACUGUCAAGCUGCCAAGGCUGAGCAUGCCGAGGUUCGCCUUCCCUGACCCCGGAUCGGAGGCCGAUGUGUUCAUCCCUGCCGUGCAGGAGGUGCGAUGCGCCGGGAGCAGCCUGGAUGACGCCUGGUGCGCAGACAGCGUGGGAGCCUGGGGUGCCAGCAUCCUGAAGGCCGGCGCUGGGACCCCUGGGGAGCAGCCUGUGGCCUUUGACCUCUCCCCGGAAGCUUCCAGGGUCCGAGUGCACAUUCACAGUGCUCAGGGAGAGGGUGCUGGGGUCGGCAUACACGCCGGAGUGACUCCAGAGCCAGCUGGCCGCUCGGGACCCGAGGCCGUUUCCACUCAGAUUGUGCGGGAAUCAGAGAUCCCCGCGUCUGAGAUCCAAACGGCUUCCUACGGAUUUUCGUUGCUGAAAGUGAAGAUCCCUGAGCCCCCCACGCAGGGGAGGGUCCAAGACUCCCGACUGACAGGGGGCUUGCAGGAGGCUUCUGAAGACGCUGCCCCUGGAGCAGACCCUGUUUCUGGAGACCUGCAGCCAGACACCGGAGAACCAUUUGAAGUGAUCUCGUCCAGCGUCAGCGUACCCAGAGGGCCAGCACUCACUGCCGACCUGCACUCUGGCCCCCCGGGUAUGGAGAGCUGCUCCGACGAGGAGCCCGCAGAGAUCCUCGAAUUUCCCCCAGAAGAGGACGGCGAGGAGGCAGCCGCGGGCCUCUCCAAAGGAGACCAGGCUCCAAAAGAGAAGCCGGAAGGUAAGAGGUCUUCCGGUCUGCUCCGGUUUUGGCUUCCCAGCAUCGGUUUCUCUUCUUCCUCCGAAGAGACACGUGCUGACUCCAAAGAUGAAGCCCACAGGCCAGCCCCCGUCCAGACCCCGCCGGGUUUGCAGCCUGAGGCAGAGCCGCCCAAGAAAUCCGAGAAGGCCAGCUGGUUCCGAUUUCCCAAAUUAGGGUUCUCCUCCUCCCCCACCAAGAAAGGCAAGAGCUUGGAGGAUGAGGCGGCUCCGGCAGAGCAAAAGCUCCAGGAAGAAGCUGCCACCUUCUUUGAUGCCCGCGAGAACUUCUCCCCCGAGGACAGGGAGGAGACGGUGCCAGGCGCCGGGGCAAUGGUCACGUCCAGGGCCAGGACGGAGCUCAUCCUGCUGGAGCCAGACCCGGGGACCCUGGACGAGCCUGCACCCGGGCCCGCUGCCCAGUGAGGACGCAAGGAAGUGGAGGCUGUGCCUCACACCCGCGUGUGGACAUGAGUGUCCGCCGUGACCCCCAGAGUGGAGGACAAAGCGGAGCCGGCUGCGAGCAGAGGGGCCCCUGCCCUCAGCCCUCCCGAAGCUGCCUCCCAAAGCUUCAGGAGUGUCCCGGUCUCCUGAGGGGCUUUAUUAGACAUGUGUUACUCAAGACCCUUGCCCACGAGCCCCUCGAAGACAUGGCUGCUUCCUGGUGAAGGCUGUUUCCCUGUUUCCGGCAGAGUCUGGCAGAGUCCAGGAGACCCUCUCCCUGCCUGCUUAGAACCAGCCCACUCUUCACGGGCCGUCUCGCUGAGGCAAGCCCUGGGAUGCUUUGAGUGAUACUGCCCGUGCCGGGCUGGGCGCAGCUGGCUGCCAAAGUGGUCCAGGCAUCCGUCCAUGAGCUCCCACCAGACAUCCGUGGGCGUCCACUUGCCCGCCGGUGCCCACUCCGGCGUCCAUGGCCCCAGCCCCUCAGUGUGCCUGAAGAUGGGACCCACUUGGCUCUUCCCUGGAUGCCGAACAGGCGAUAAAUAAAGUGCUGCACCCCUCCC